AUGGUCGAUGAAGCUGAGGAGAAGCAGAACAAAAACCCAGUUGUUAAAUUGUGGCUGGACGAGCUUCAAGAUGUUGUCUACCGUACAGAGGAUCUCGUGGAUGAGAUGUGCACUGAAAGUUUAAGACACAAGUUGGAUGCUGAAUCUCAGACCAAGUCAUUAAAGUCUGGAAUGGAAUAUAAAGAUGAUCAUGAAGUGUUUUGUAGAGAAGCUAAUAAAGAUGCUAUUAUUAGUCUUUUGCUGUCUGAUGAUGUAAAGAGUGAACAGUUGUCUGUGAUCCCGAUCGUGGGCGAGGUUGGGGUUGGUAAGUCCACUCUUGCUCGGCUGGUUUACAAUGAUUGCAGAGUUAGUCAACAUUUUGAGAUCAAAGCUUGGUACCCCGUUAAUCAUAAGAUGACAAAAGCAAUUUCUGAGUCGUUUAGUUUGCAGUCUUUGCAAGAGAGCCUUAAGGGAAAGAGAUUUCUUCUUGUUUUGGAUGAUGUGGGGAGUUUUAACUAUGCAGACUGGGAAUCCUUACAAUCUACUUUGAAAGGUGUUGCAAAUGGAAGUUGUGUUAUUGUAACUACACGCGAUUCAGAAGUUGCAUCCAAGAUUAGCACUGAUUUUUUGGGCCUGCCAUUCGCAGUAAAAGCACUUGGGCUUCUUUUGCGCUCUACGCCACAAGUUGAGGACUGGAGAGUUGUAUUAGACCGCCUAAAGCAUUUUUCUUUAUCUAGAGGAAUGAGUGGAGAUGGAAAUGAAUUAAGAAAGUGCUAUGAUGAACUUCCUGCACAGUUAAAACGAUGCUUUGCAUAUUGUUCAAUAUUUCCCAAGGGUUAUGAAUUUGAUAAAGAGAAGUUGGUUCUUUUAUGGAUGGCAGAAGGUCUUCUGCAAAAUCGUGGAAAGGAAGAUGAUGGUAACAAGUGCUUUGAUGAAUUGUUAUCAGAGUCUUUUUUUCAACAAUCAAGUGCCAAUAAUUCACGUUUUCUGAUGCAUGAUCUUGUGGAUGAUUUGGCUGCUCAUCUGUCUUGGAAACAUUUUUUGAAUAUUGAAGACCCACUUUUAAGUAAUUGGGUCACAAAAAUAUUGAAGACCCAGAAGAAGACAAGGAGGCAGUGGAUAUGGGUUAUAGAUUCGAAGAAGACAAUGAGCUGGUUGUGUGGUCUACUGGCAGAGGAUAACUGCGUUGAUGACGCCAAAGACCUCUUGUUAGUUCCGCCGGUGAGGAUUGGUGUUGGUGAACCGGUGGCGGCACUUCAAGCACAAAAAGCUGAAGAAGGGUUGCCUAAAGUUACAAAUCGUAGUAGAGUAUUGCCUGACUCAUUGAUAAGGCCAUGUACCGAUGUACGUCAUAAGUUUGUGUCAUGCCAUGAGCUGAGUGUGCGAGGGCGAACGUGUGUAAGAUCAUGGUAUAGUCCUAUAUCUUCAUAUGGCUACUACAAAAUCGUGUCUUAUGAUGUCGGGAUCUCUUCCCGGCGGUGUCAGUGA